CCUGUUGCUUUAUGAGAAUUUUUCGACAGGUCAGUUUGUUGACAGAGCUUCACGUGAAUGGACAACCACUGGCGAUUGUGUUUAUUUACCACACGUUUUCAAAUAAUUCUGUUUAUACUGUGAAACAAGGUGAAAAUUAAAAGUGACAAAAAUCAACAUGAACUGGAAUAUUUGGACCAUAUGGAUGUUAACAUCGUCACUGCUACUCAUGAAGGAAACAACUGCCACGCCGUUAAUGAAUUUUGCCGGUAACAAAAUUGGUGGAAACAAUAAAGUGCAAGCCUACACCGGCGUCCGAUUUCGUGACGAGGACUACGAUGCCUCCGGAUUCGAUCCAUCUGAAGACGUGCACAAAUGCGCUAAAGGAUCAACAUUCUGUGAAAAAAUCGAAAAUUAUCCGUCCACGGAGGUUACGUCAAUAUUGAGCGAGACGAACAAAUAUUCGGAAUUGUUCGGUAGCGAUUCGGUAAAUACGAUGACGAUCAGCAACCGAUUCGGUGAAGAAGACGACGAGGAACAAUUGUGUGAGAGUCAAAUAAGAUUGGUGUAUCCACAAGCGGGACUGACUCGGGACAACACAUGGAGGUAUAUCGUCAAUCAACAGAACUACACCCAAGGCAUAAGGGUUGAUGAGUGUGUGCAUACACGACAGUGUAACAUGAUGCAUCAAUUACCGUUCGGACUUAAGUCACAUUGCAAACAGAAAUACGUUUACCGUCAAUUGGUAGCGAUAGAUGAGGAUGGUUACACCGUCAAAGAUCUGUUCAAGAUACCUUCCUGUUGUCAAUGCGUUCUAAUUCGUACGCACGGAAGAUUCUGAACGUUUUCAUAGACAAUAUGCGAGCAGGGACAUCGUCAAUUGGUAAAGACUGACGAGUACUAUGGAAAUCUCCAUCAAGGACCUGACCUGUUGUCAACACGCGUUUCGAUGCGAUUACCUCCGAGGAUUUUAAUAGUUUUCAUCGACAGCAAAUAGAAAUUUUUAUUUAUUUUUCAAAAAUAAUUAAUCCUUUUGAACGAUCGAAAUUAUUGGGUCGUUUACUCAAUCACCGUUCUCAGUGCUCCGAUAUUUGGAGUCACUUUAAAUAGCCAAUUUACAUUGAUGAAAUCGAUUAGGCAGAAAAUAUGUUUUGUGGAAUUUAGAAAUUAAAUUUCUUUGC